GCACUGUGGUUGUUGCCCACAGCGCACUGCCCCUGCUCUGUUAGAAGCUUCUAAGCAGUACCCAGGGCCCGGGUGGCCCAGCUUGGAUGUUUCUGUGACAUCCGUUGGGGGCCCUAGGGUCACGGCAUUUCCUCCCGGGGGUGACUUGGCAGGGGUGUGCUCUGUUUUCUCACUUCUGCAAUUUCCAGUCAGCACAGAGGGUGAGGCUGGGGCCGGGGCCCAGACGGAGACACUCAGACCCUGCAGUCAACUGUGGCCGCUGCCCUGGGUACAGGCACGGACAGGAAACUUUGAUCAGCUACCACUUCUAGCUCAGAGUAAUGGAGUCAAAUGAAUCCUCCCACCUGGACUCUGAGUUCCGAUACAUCCUCUUCCCAAUUUUUUACAGCAUCAUCUUUGUGCUGGGUGUCAUCGCCAAUGGCUACGUGCUGUGGGUCUUUGCCAGCUUGUACCCUUCCAAGAAACUCAAUGAGAUAAAGAUCUUCAUGGUGAACCUCACCAUGGCUGACCUGCUCUUCUUGGUCACCCUGCCCUUGUGGAUCGUCUACUACUACAACCAGGGCAACUGGAUUCUUCCCAAAUUCCUGUGCAACUUGGCUGGCUGCCUCUUCUUCAUCAAUACCUACUGCUCCGUGGCCUUCCUGGGUGUCAUCACUUACAACCGCUUCCAGGCAGUGACGCGACCCAUCAAAACUGCUCAGGCCACCACCCGCAAGCGUGGCAUCACUUUAUCCCUGGUUAUCUGGGUGACCAUUGUGGCCGCUGCAUCCUACUUCCUUUUCAUGGACUCCACCAACACAGUGUCUGACAAAACUGGCUUAAGCAACAUCACCCGCUGCUUUGAGCAUUAUGAGAAGGGCAGUGUGCCAGUCCUCAGCAUCCACAUCUUCAUUGUGUGUAGCUUCUUCCUUGUCUUCUUCAUCAUCCUCGUUUGCAACCUGGUCAUCAUCCGCACGCUGCUGACGCAGCCGGUGCAGGUCCAGCGCAAUGCUGAAGUCAAGCGCCGGGCACUGUGGAUGGUCUGCACGGUCUUGGCUGUGUUCAUCAUCUGCUUUGUGCCUCACCACAUGGUGCAGCUACCCUGGACCUUGGCUGAACUUCAAUUCCAGAACAACACUUCCCACCAGGCGAUUAACGAUGCACAUCAGGUCACCCUCUGCCUGCUUAGUACCAAUUGUGUUUUAGACCCGGUCAUCUACUGCUUCCUCACCAAAAAGUUCCGAAAACACCUCACUGAGAAGUUGUACAGCAUGCGCAGCAGCCAGAAAUGCUCCCGGGCCACCAUAGACACUGGCAUUGAAGUAGUCGCGCCACUCAACCAGAGGCCCGUCAGUUCCCUCAAAAAUUAAAUUAGUCCCUGAUUACUGGGGACAGCCCCAAAGCCCUUUUCUCCAUGGCUAUCAAGGACUGGCCUGGGGGAAGAAGAGCAAUCUGCUGUGCUCUGGGCUGUUGUUUGUGCAUUUCCUAUUUGGGCAGUGGUAGCCUGUUAGGUAUGGAAGCAAUCUCACCAAGGCAGAGAUAAUGGCAGAGCAAAAUUGAGGACAUCCAGGCCAGAGCGCCACAAGGCCCAGAGUCUUCCACUGAAGCAUAGACUUAGGCUGGGAAGUGCUUGCAUAUAGUGAAGCCUGCAGAGUAGAAGGAACUGGUCAGGUCUCCUUUCCUCUCUGUCUGGGAGGCCCCUCCUAACCUAGUGUCUUAGUUACCUAGUGCUGGUAUAACAGAAAUACCACAAGUGGAUGGCUCUAACAAACAAAUUUAUUUUCUCAGUUUAGGAGGCUGGAAGUCAGAAUUCAGGGUGCUGGCUCUAGGGAAGAGCUUUCUCUAUUGGCUCUGGAGGAAGGUCCUUUUCUCUUCUGAGCCUCUGCUCCUGGGCAAUCAUCAUGUGGCUGGGCAUCUCUUCCCCCAUCUCUGUUUCUCUCACUUGCUUAUUUAAUCUCUUUUAUAUCUCAAAAGAGAUGGAUUUAAGAUACACCCUACACUAAGUCUGCCUCAUUAACAUAACAAAGAUAACCCAUUCCCAAAUGGGAUUGUAACAGGCAUAGAAUUUACAACACAUAUUUUUGGGGGAUAUGAUUCAAUCCAUAACACCUAGUUUCCAGGAGGUGAGAGGAGCAGUUACAGUCCCCAGGAAGUAGUCAGGCGCUUUGAUUUUGGGAUGCAGAAGGGAGGUGUCAGCUUCUCUUGAGGAUUUCUAGAUGCCUGUUUAUGAUUUUCAGUAAACACAUGCAAAUGAGCCUCUUGUGCCCUGAGCCAUGUACCUGCAGUGUGAGCCUGGCAACCUCAGACCCCAGGGCUUGGAGGAGCCUUCCCUGGCUUCUGGAGCCUCGUGGCCCUUCUGAGAAAUCUUCUUUGCUUCCAGCCAGUGUCCCCAUGUAUUUGGGACCCUUGUCUCCUGUCUAAUGGGCAAACACUGGAUUGCUGUUUUUGAUUAAUGCCUCCGGGUGGCCAAUAUUCUGCUGGGGUCUGGAAUGGUAGUUGUGGGGUGGGUUUAGCUGAUGGAGACCAAGUAGACAGUGCCUUAUAGUCAAGCUUUGGUGUCACACAGCCCCAGGUUCAAGCCUUGGCUUUAUCAUUUUCUGCUGAGGGACUGUGAGCUGAAUUUCCUACCUCUUAGGGUGUAUUGCCUAUGAAGUAAAAGCUACCUCAUAGGGUUGUUACGACAGCAAAUGCUGAGGCAUUGGUCAGGGUGACUGCUCAUCCCAGAUGCUCCCUCUUUGGAGAAUUUCACUCCCUCUUGCAGCCAACCCCUCGAUUCUCCAUUAGGGACUCAGUGGGUAAGAGGUGGGCAUCUGGCCUGAGCUGGGCCAAUCAGGUUCUCUCUCAGGAAUAGGCAGCAAGAUUCAGGGCUGCUGUUUUAGGCUGUGCAGGUCGCUUACCUGAACACAUAAACUCUGGAGCUGUGAGUGUCUAUGUGUAUGUUUGUCUGUGUCUGUGACAGGGUGGGAGUGGCUGCCUGCAUGAAUGUAGUGGGAAAAAAAUGGCUCCGCUCAGAGAGAAGAUGAAGAUGCAUGGUACAGAGGGAAGAGAGACCACAGGGGCCUAGGCUAGAGAAGGGAUUGUGCUACCAGGGCCUGUUGGCCCUCCUCCUCAGGCCCAACCCUUCCUGAGGCUCAUCUGCUUGCCCUCCUUUGGAUGCUCUGAAAUUCCCUGGUCAGGAUACAUUCUCUUAGUUUGCCUAAGCUGAUUUGGGUGGAUAUCUACUACUUGCAACCAAAAGACCUCUGAAUAAGGCAAAUGUUUAUAUGCUAAAACACAUUGUUUCCUGAAUUUCAACCAGUUGUGUACCCCCUUGUAAACUCUGCCAUAUCCACGUACCACCUGUUUGUUUACUUAAUAAAUAUUUUAAUUUAAA